GGAGCGAGAGGCUGAGAGAGUCGGAGACACUAUCCGCUUCCAUCCGUCGCGCAGACCCUGCCGGAGCCGCUGCCGCUAUGGAUGAUCGGGAGGAUCUGGUGUACCAGGCGAAGCUGGCCGAGCAGGCUGAGCGAUACGACGGAUAAAGUACUUUUUCGCAGCAGCUGGGAAAAUGCUGCAGGAUGUUUUGUUCUCUUCUUGCUGUUCUCUUCUAGUGCAAGUGGCUUUCCAUGAUGAAAUGGUGGAAUCGAUGAAGAAAGUAGCAGGGAUGGAUGUGGAGUUGACAGUUGAAGAAAGAAACCUCCUAUCUGUUGCAUAUAAAAAUGUGAUUGGAGCCAGAAGAGCUUCCUGGAGAAUAAUCAGCAGCAUUGAACAGAAAGAAGAAAACAAGGGAGGAGAAGACAAACUAAAAAUGAUUCGGGAAUAUCGGCAAAUGGUUGAGACUGAGCUAAAGUUAAUCUGUUGUGACAUUCUGGAUGUACUGGACAAACACCUCAUUCCAGCAGCUAACACUGGCGAGUCCAAGGUUUUCUAUUAUAAAAUGAAAGGGGACUACCACAGGUAUCUGGCUGAAUUUGCCACAGGAAAUGACAGGAAGGAGGCUGCGGAGAACAGCCUAGUGGCUUAUAAAGCUGCUAGUGAUAUUGCAAUGACAGAACUUCCACCGACGCAUCCUAUUCGCUUAGGUCUUGCUCUCAAUUUCUCCGUAUUCUACUAUGAAAUUCUUAAUUCCCCUGACCGUGCCUGCAGGUUGGCAAAAGCAGCUUUUGAUGAUGCAAUUGCAGAACUGGAUACGCUGAGUGAAGAAAGCUAUAAGGACUCUACACUUAUCAUGCAGUUGUUACGUGAUAAUCUGACACUAUGGACUUCAGACAUGCAGGGUGAUGGUGAAGAGCAGAAUAAAGAAGCGCUGCAGGAUGUGGAAGAUGAAAAUCAGUGAGACAUAAAAGCCAACAAGAGAAACCAUCUCUGACCACCCCAUUCCUUCCCAUCCCACCCCCAUUGGAAAUUCCCCCAUUGUCACUGAGAACCACCAAAUCUGACUUUUACAUUUGGUCUCAGAAUUUAGGUUCCUGCCCUGUUGGUUUUUUUUUUUUUUUUUUUUUUUUUAAACCGUUUUCAAAAGUUCUUAAAGGCAAGAGUGAAUUUCUGUGGAUUUUACUGGUCCCAGCUUUUAGGUUCUUUAAGACACUAACAGGACUGCAUAGAAGCUUUUUCAGCAUUACUGUAUUGUCUCCUGCCAGGUGGGGCAAGAUCACCAUUAGAAAUGGAAAUGAUAUUUGAAAGCUAUUAGACUUCUAGGUGACGCGAGCAUCUAAGAGAGAGGUUAAUCACACUAUGAGGCAUUGUGGUAUUAUUUUUCCUUUUUCUAAUUGUUUAAAUUGAAUUUUAUACCAAUGUUUAAAAUUAAUUGGGUGUUAGCUUGAGGUGGUUAAAAGUUGUUCGGAGAGUUGUAAUGGUUUUGCUGUAAAAAGUGUUUCAAACUCUGCUGAAAUGUUGCUGAAAAGCAUGGUGCUGGUAACAGUUCAACAAUCCGUGGCUGCUCAUUCUUGCCUACUUUUACUCUCCCUCUAAAGCAGGUUAGCAUUGAAGGUGGUAUGGAAAAGCCUGCAUGCGUGUUCAAUUCUUUGUUUCUUCUCCUUCCCUCUCCCCCCCGGGCCCCCCCUUCCCUACUUCGCUCGCUCAACCUCUUUUGUUCAGUAUGUGUAACUUGAAGCUAAUUUGUACUACUGGAUAUCUGACUGGAGCCACAGAUACAGAAUCUGUAUUGUUCUUACUGAAACACAGCAUGGAAUUAACAUUAAACUUAAAUAAAACAAACCUAAAUUAAAAAUGCCAAA